AUGAUCACUGAUUCAUCCAGUCCAGCAGAGUUGUACGAAGACAACACUUCUCUGUUGUCCUUACACUCCAGUGUAUUUUUCAGUGAGCCCGCCCUGCCAAACGAUGAGCCACUGGACUUCUUCAUUAUAAAUGUUGGAGGCAGUCGCUACCUCCUCUCUCAAGAAUUUUUGGCCUCUCAUCCAGAGACUCGCUUGGGUAAGCUUGCCCUCUCAACGCGAGAUUCUAUUUUAGAUCUGUGCGACGAUGCAGAUUUCCUCGAGAAUGAGUUCUUUUUUGACCGUAACUCACAGACAUUCCAGUAUAUCAUGAACUUUUACAAGACGGGUCACUUGCAUGUGCGAGAAGAGCUUUGUGUGAUCUCCUUCCUCCAAGAGAUUGAGUACUGGGGCAUUGAUGAGCUCCGCAUAGACAGCUGUUGCAGAGACAAGUAUUACCGCAGAAAGGAGAUGAAGGAGUCAUUGGAUGUUCAUAAGGAGGCUGAAACAAUGGACAAUGAGGAGGAGGACUUUACAGGAGUCCUGUGUCAGGACUUGCGCCAACGCUUAUUAGACGUCAUGGAGAAACCGGACUCCUCCAAGGUAGCCAAGACAUUUGGCACACUGUCCAUGUUCUUUGUGGUGGUCUCCAUUGUGAACAUGGCUCUGAUCUCCCUUGAUAUUUAUAUAUUUGGAGCCCCCUUCAUCUUGGAUGCUCUUGAGUACAUCUGCAUUAUUUGGUUUACUGGUGAGCUAGUACUCAGGUUCAUGUGUGUUAAAGAUAAGUGUAAAUUCAGCAGGAGCAUGGUGAACAUCAUUGACCUGAUGGCUAUUCUGCCCUUCUAUGUGACUCUGGUCGUUGAGAGCCUACAUGGAGGAUCUACAGAGCUGGAGAACAUUGGGCGGGUAGUUCAGGUCCUGCGACUGAUGAGGUCAUUGAGGAUGCUUAAACUUGGACGACACUCUACAGGUCUCAAGUCAUUGGGCUUGACGAUCGCCCAGUGCUAUGAAGAAGUUGGCCUGCUGAUGCUUUUCCUAUCUGUGGGCAUCUCCAUCUUUGCCACUGUGGAAUAUGCCAUUGAACACAACAUACCAGAUACCACCUUCAUCAACGUGCCCAGUGCCUGGUGGUGGGCCACCACCUCCAUGACCACAGUGGGAUACGGAGACAUCCGUCCCGAAACGGCCCUGGGAAAGAUGAUGGCUUUUAUCUGCAUUCUAUCUGGUAUUCUCAUCCUCGCUCUACCUAUCGCUAUCAUCAACGAUCGCUUCUCCGCCUGCUACUUCACACUUAAAAUGAAAGAAGUGGCACUGCGGCACAGAGAGGCGCUGAAGCGUUUGACGCGCAACUCAACCUCAGAUAUGUCGACGAUAGGGGUGAACCUGCGUGAUGUCUAUGCGAGAAGCAUGUUAGAGAUGCUGCGAUUGCAGGGGCGAGAGAGAGCCAGCACACGCAGUAGUGCAGGAGAUAUCUGGUGGUAGCAGUAGGCCUACUGUUACAUACUACAUACUAAAAGAGAGCGAGACAGAUAGGGAAUAUGUGAGUGUGUGUGUGUGAAUGAGAGAGGUCUUUUGAUAGACCACAAAACAUUUAAUGGUGAAGUGUGCAACUUCUGUGCCACUAUCAGCACAAAACAGAAUUGGAAAAAAUAUAUAUAUUAUUUUCAAACAGGUUUCCCCAGAAAUUUCACCCAUCUUCCGUUGAUCAAACAAACACGUAGUACUGCCCAAAAUGUAGGUCAUUGGUUGAUUCAAACAGGUAGACCCGUAGUGUGUUCGAAUUCAUUCAGUGCUGUGCAGAAUGAUCUGCGCUGGAUUUGAAGCAGUGUAUGUCAGUUAUAUAUUUUGUCAGAAUUGAGACAGCGCCAUGCCACCCUCACGUCACCAUGACGUAUGCAAAGCAAGACACAGUUGAAGUUGAACACACCUGAUGUUGCUAUGUAAGAUCACCUAAAACAAACAAAGAAAGAUUGAAAGCGCCACAGUUUUUACACUUUUUUGGGAAAUCAUCCAAAACACAUGGCUUCCUUAAAGUUGUUUACAUUUAUGACCAUUUUGGUGCCCUAGGCGAGAUCAUUGCAACUUUGUUAUUGGUGCUCCUGUCUACAAGAGCACUCUCAUCAUUGGUGAUGUCAUCGGUCCACGUUGAAACCCACCCACCCCCAGCUUAUGGUGUCUUAGGCGACCGCCUAGUUUGCCUAUGCCUAGAAACUGCCCAUAUCACAUGACCAAGAGUUAUAUAGAACUAAAUAUCAGUACUCUUGAAUGUUACUUGUCCAAUCAGAUUAGGACCGUUGUGUAACUGUUGUAUUUGUACAGUAGUGUUUUUUGAUGUUUAAAACCCCGGACACGUCGUAAAAUGACGCCAAAGGUACACCCGGCACGUCAAUAGUGCAACAGAUUUACUCUUCAUUUGUAAUGUAUGUCGUUUUUACCAUUCUAUAUAAAGAUAUGUAAUAGAAUCUGUCUCAGUCAUUUGCAUGUUUUUGAAUAGAUUUUUCUGGGAUGAAUUUACAGCAAAGAAAUACUUUAUCCAUUCACUUCUUCGUCAUGAUCUUUUUAAAGUAUCACCAGUGCCCCAUAGAUUCCAAUGACCUUGUAAGGGAGAGAGGAAGGCCAAUGGACCUGCCCAAAGAUGCUUGGCUUAUUUGACACAUUGUUCUGAUUCAGUUACAGCCAGACAUUACAAGCUUAAAAGCUUAGAGGAAACUGAUCAGUCCAAUGGGCACAGCUAGACAGUAACAAUGAUUUGCACUGCAGGAACAAGUAAUUUUUGACAAGAUAGGGACAUGUGUUUCAGUGAAAUCCAUUGUGAAGAGAAUAUCCAAUUGUUUCUAAAGCACAUGUCAUGCAUUUCUAGAUGGAAUUGGCUUUCAUUUAGCAUUGGGACAGGGUGUUAUGUUGACAUGAUCAACAGUAGACAUCUUUGCUCCAUUUUAAUCUCACAUAUGUCAGGAGUUCUCCUGGGACUAAGAACACAUUUGAUUGCAAGGAAGUAACUUAAAGGGAUGGAUCAUCCAAAAAUGAAAGUUCUACCAUCAUUUACUCUCUCCUGAUUUUCCAUUUCCAUGACCUUCUUUCUUCCUGAUGUGGAACACAAAAGAAGAUGUUUGGGGAGUGUUAGUCAUGUUAUGUUUUGAGGUGUGCUAUGAUUUUUGUAUGUAAUCAAAUUUUUUGUCUAGCUGUUCAUAAAGUGGAAGACAAAUAAUAUAUAUUUAUAUUAAAGGAGUGACCCAAACCAUAUCUAAGUACUCUUGGGCUCUUUUGAUAGUAAGCAACCGCUUAGCAACCACCAAGAACACUCCAACAACCACAUCAUAAUGUGAUAAAAACACUCAAACAACCACAACAUCCUAGCAACCACACAACACUAAGGUGUUAGUACAUGGUUGCUAAAGUGUUCUGAGUUUUUUUUUUUAUCAGACAAGCAGCACUAAAAAAAAUUGGGGAAAAUGUUUCCAAAAGAUCAUCAGAUUUGCAUGACUCUAAUACUAACACAUUUCAUCUUAUUCCAGGAACAUUCUAUGCAAAGUCACAGUAAUUUACCAAUUUAACCUUCUUAAAUGAACAGAAUGCAUUUAAAUCCACGAUUUAUACAAUACCUAUCCUGGCUAGUUAAUUCUGACAAUUGCUUUAAACUGUGGUAACUUGUAUAACUGAAAAAUUAAUGAUUAUCUCCUGAUGUACCUCUUUAA